AUGGCCUCAACAACUACAGACGUUACUCCCCCUACGGGGCCCUCCUCCGAAAGGACAGGCCCAAAUUCAUCACAACGUGGAGGCCAUAGGGGUCGUGGUAGGCGUAGUGGCAGUGGCCCCGGAGGAGCAGGAGAAGGUCGAGGUGGUUCCCGCAAACCCCGCGGCGACCGCAGUGGAAGAGGAGGCCGUGACGGACGCCAGCAGCACCAAAACAAACCCCAAGAUGGUGUACCGGAGGAUGAGCAGCGACCAGAGUCAAGGGCUAGUGUUUUGGCUGGUCCUGCUGCGCCUCAAGCAACAGCCGUGGUUAAGCCAGAUGCCGAUGACGUUGCUUCAGACGCGGAUUCUCCGGUUUGCUUUAUUUGUGCAGAUCCAGUCAUUUACUCUGCCAUUGCGCCGUGCACUCAUACUACCUGCCACAUAUGUGCGCUGCGUAUGAGAGCGUUAUAUAAGAAUAGGGCUUGUGCCCAUUGCAGGACAGAGGCGGAGUGGGUAAUAUUCUCAAAGCUUGAGGAAAAGAAAUUCACAGAUUUCACGGCAUCAGACAUUGUCUCGGCAAACGAAGCCCUGGGAAUUAAAUUUGACGAUAAAGCCAUUGAAAGCGACACAAAUCUUCUAUUGCACUACAAUUGUCCUGCAGACGAUUGCACUCGAGCGUGUCGAGGUUGGCCGGACUUGCAUCACCAUGUCAGGAGUGCUCAUUCAAGUGUUCUAUGUGAUCUCUGCGUUCGAAAUAAAAAGGUUUUUACGCAUGAGCAUACACUUUUCACCCAGCAAGAGCUCCGCAAGCACGAAAGGACAGGUGAUGAUCAACCAGGCUCCGAGAAUCAAAGUGGAUUCAAAGGCCACCCAGAGUGCGGUUUCUGUCGGCAACGAUUUUAUUCCUCCGAUGAACUCUUUACUCAUUGUCGGGAUAAGCACGAGCGCUGCCACAUAUGUGAUCGGAGAAAUCCAACGGCGCAACAGCAGUAUUACAUCGACUACAAUGCGCUCGCAGCUCAUUUUACGAAAGACCACUUCAUGUGUGCAGAUGAAGAGUGCAUGGAGAAGAAGUUCAUUGUUUUUGAGAAUGAAGUUGACCUAAAAGCACAUCAACUUGAAGUACACCCUAAUGGACUCUCAAAGAAUGCAAAAAGGGAUGCAAGGAGGAUUGAUCUUAGUCAAUUCGCGGAGCCUCGGAGUAACGAUAGAGGUGGGAACCGUCGCCGCCGCAAUGAUGGUCGUGGGCAACAAGAACGAGAGGAGGCUCCAAUAAGGACUGAACAACAAAUGACCAGAGCUGAAUUGGCAUAUCAUAGAACAUUGGCUGUACAGAGUGCCCAGUCCACAACCCAGAGGACAUUUGGGGGACAAUUAACGGAGCCGGCAUACGCUGCUAGAGCACCACCACCCUCUACAGCAGCGGGACCAGCAGCGCAGCCUGUGGCUGCCACUACAAGCCAAGCACCCCCCGCGCGUCCUCCAGCACGGCCCGCUGAGCCAUCCCCAGCGGUAGCAGCGGCGGCGGUGGCCCGGGAUGCGUUCCCGCCUUUGGCGAGGCCGAGUCUGCCCGUCUCAAGACCAAGCCCACCCGUUUCACGGCCGAGUCCACCGACUGCAGCUGCAUCUUCUAGUGCUACUCGAGGCCCAAUCACUAAUGCUGGUAGGGGUGCACCGGUUACAGAUGACGUUAAGAGGAGACAUGCUGCACGGACAUUAGCAGAACUUGCCGAUCUUUUUGAAGACGAGCCAAAACGCCAAGGACUUCUCAAGGCGUGGAACGACUGGAAAGUCAUUAAUGAAGAUUAUCCCCCCUUUGCUGGCGCCUCUUCCUCUGGUUCUGGAGGCACGCAAAACUCUCGUGUACUUAAGGUCAAGUCCUCAACGUCUCAUUCAGCGCGAUCCACCACCGCCCGCCAGGGCGCCUGGGGAGCCGCUGCAGUAGUUCCAUCAUCUUCAUCUGCAUCCUUUUCUUCCGCCCCUUCUUCCGCAUCUGGCCCUGCACCGCGAUCGGCGAACCGUCAAGGCCCUGGCGCACAUGCCCCAACACCUUGGGUAGCGCCUAGUGCCCCCGCUCGACCGGCAGCGUCGGGUCCUUCUGUUGUUGCUGGACCUUCAAGAAAGGUGGGUAAGGAUGAGUUCCCAAGUCUACCCACGAAGCCGCCGCCACCACCGGGAUGGGGCCCAAUCAAGAAGAAGGAUCCGUAUGCGGCUUAUAACGGUGCCCCUCCUCCGCAGGUAGGCGCAUGGGGAGGAGGAGGAGGAAGCGGGGGUGAACAGAGUGCUGAUCCUAGUGAGAGCGAAGAAGUCGGCGGGAGCAGCAAUGCAGGGAAGAAGAAGAAGGGCAAGCAGAAGCAGAUCCUGUUUCAUGUUGGACUAUAG